AUGCACCUUUCAUUACAUAUCAUAGAGAAAUUAGUUCUUGGAAAAAUUGAAAAUGGAAGAAGAGAGGCAGAGGGCUUCAAUGUUAGUGAAAUAUUAGGGAGGAGGAACAAUACAGCCAUCAGAAAAUCAACUCUCCGGCGCUCGCAACGGCAAACUUAUCCAGGAACAAAAUGGUGUGGCAUUGGGAACGAAGCUACAAGUUAUGAAGACUUGGGAACAAAUAAGGAUGUGGACAUGUGUUGUCGAGAUCAUGACUUCUGUGAUGUAAAAAUUGAGGCUGGAAAAAGCAAUUAUGGUCUGAAGAACGAUGGUUUUUUCACCAUAGUGUCCUGUGAAUGUGAGAAGGCAUUUUAUGGUUGUUUAUCAGAGGUACCACAAUACCCUCAUGCAGCUAUUAUUGGAUUUGUCUACUUUGAUCUUUUUAGUCCUAAGUGCAUUGGAAAGAAGAAAGUGUGUACUAGGUACAUGUAA